UUUCUUUAAGUUUACAUAAAUACAACACCUUUCUGCUAUUUAUCAAAGCUGUCUUACUUUAGGCUACAUAUAAAUAAAAUAUGGGGAAGCUGUUUCUUUAAAAAAAAUCCUUCAAUUAAAUGAUAUUGUUAUAACAGCAACUUUUUUUGGGGGGGGGAAUCUCAUCCAAAAACCUCAAAAAUGUUGGGCUACUUUAAUGAAUAGAAAUACUGCAUUUGUUCUCUUGUGAAGUCUGAUGCUUUUCUUCCUAAUCAUUUUUUAAGCUUGAACAACUUUAUGGAAAGCUACAUAAAUGUAUCAUUUUUUUUCAAUGAGUGAACACAAUGAAUGAGAAUAAAAGUUCACAUUAAAGAUUAAUUCAUUUAGUUUCCUACCAAGUUGAACUAUUGCAACUUAAAACUAAACUUCAUUUCUAGAAAUCAUCUGGCUUGCUUGGAUAACAGAUGUAAGUAUAUGGUUCAUACUUAUAAAGGAAGAGGAAAGAAAUCAAAUUUCAAAUCUGAGAAAAAAAUACUGUGCAUACAAUUUUUAGAGUUAACUACAUCGGAGAGAAUUUAGGAUGACGUCCUCUUGAAUAAGGGUAGGAUUGUAGCCUUUCUGUAAAUUUGAUAAGAAUUUACAUAUAAUAAACAAAGUUUAUUAAAUAUUGUUUAUUAAAGACAAUUGUGUAAAUAUAAGCAAGCCUUUAGCUUUUCUCACAUCUUCAUAUUUACUAUUGAUCCCCAGACAGUGUAUGAAUCAGUUUUUAUUGCUGAUAGUUUCAGCUGAGAUGAUAUACUGUAAGAGUAAUGCUAGUUUUAUUUAGGAAAUAUAUGUAAUUUGAUGGUAGAUUUGAAAUCCUUUAUGUUGUGACUCACAGAGUGGCUGAAAUAUUAUUUUAAAUAUACUGCCUGAAAUAUUUAAUAAAUGUUAAAUAUUUUGCAUCAAAACAAAAACUACAUAUGCAUUCUGUCAUUUGUGUUUAAUGCUACUGUUCUUACAAGAAAAAGGCAUAUCAUAAAUAACAUUGUGGGGCUAUUUAUCAUCUCUGUCUAUCUCUGAAUAGGAAGAGGAAGACAUAUAAAUUUAAUAAAGAAAUCUACCUGAAUUUCCGAAAUCAAAACAGUACAAUUACUUGAUACUUCAAGCCAGUAAUUUGUUUUAAGUCUGUACCUAAAAUAUUUAUAUUUUAAGACUGAAAAGCAUUAAUAUCUGAAAAGAAUGAAAAUAAAAGUGGUUUAAAAGUGGUUUUCAAUCUGAAAUGUUUUACAAAUGAUUAGCUAAGUAUCAGUUUAAUGCAUCCACAUAAAGCAACACUGUAGUAUCUAUAAUGGUUAAUUUGUGGUUCUCUUUAAAAAAGAAAUUAAUAUGAAAGAUUUUUGCAAUGUUAUAAUUCAGUAGAUACCUGUGAAAGGUACACAAGGGUAUGCUGAGCUCCCAUUGUUGCCAGUGAUGAUUUUAUGGUUAGAUAAUUUCUAGAUUAUAACAGCUGAAGUUGGAAUUUAAACUCUUUCCCUCCUGAUCAUAAUUUCUUAGGGAAUGGAAGGUUCCCUCUGUCCUUAGCCAAAUAAAUACAUAGUUAAACAUCCCACGUUUCUUGGGAGAAUUAUGGAAAUGCUGAACGAACAGCCUCACGAGUGAAACCUGCCUUGGCGAAGUUUGGCAACAGUUGAACGGACGCCUGAACGCCAGGAAUUGCUUAAGUCAGGAAGGUAGCCUUUUCUUCAGUCGAUUCCUUCCGCUUGGAGAGGCUAUUUCCAAAUCUGCAUUUACUCUCCGACAAAAAUGAUGCUGGGGCUUGCCAAAACAGUCCCAAGGAAGUGAAAGGCUGGGGAGGAGAACCGGGCACUUCCCGGCGAGGCGUGUUACAGCGUUGAGCGUCGACUUUAGUUCCUGUGUGCUAAGCUUGAGUGCUAGAAAGGAAAGAUGAAACAUACCGACACUGAAGAACACGUCGAUUAGCAAAGAUAGAGGGGGCUGCCGUUUGUAUCCUGGAGGGCUAGAUCUACAUUUGGCUGGCUCCUUCGUUCUUUGCGGGCUGGGCUAGGCUAGGCUGGGCUGGGCUGGGCUGAACUGAACUCUAUCGCCUCUCUCCCCCUUGCGUACUCGCAUCUCCAGCUUUUCAGCACUGGCUGGGCGGGUGUUGCGUCUUGCCUCUGCGCCUCCGGCUCCCGGUGGGGCGCGAGGGGAAACCAGGUCACCAACGCCGAGACAGAAAAACCGGCUUGGGAAGUGGGACUGAUUUAGGUGCUGCUGCUCGCCAUCAGGCUGGGAGGUCGAAAGGGAAGCGGAGGAUUCUCUCCCGCAUCCCACUUCACCCGUAUUGGCACCUUUUAGAAUAACAAGCACCAGUAAGGGAAGAAAACAGGCCGGAACGGCAGCAACAACAACCCUUGAUCCCGGCUGCGGAGUUGUUUUCGAUGCUAACAACAGAAGACCUGUGAUCCUUAUAUCUGCACUUAUAUUUGAAACAAAUAUGGUUUCUGUCAUCCUGCUGAUUCGUAUCUCUAGUUUAUGGGCAAAUUCUAAGAAACUCAUCGCAAAGGACGCCCAGCACGAAGGAUGCCAGCACAACUCCCAGGAGCCAGAGGGGCGCUUCAUGGCAGCGGUAUUGGACAGGAAGCAGCAAACGUAUGCAAGCAGUUCUUCUGCUUCAACCUUCUAAUCCAAGUGACACAGGUGAAGGAGAAGAAUGAGAAUGACUACAUUCUUUUGAUCCCAGCAGCAUGUCAGGGAUUUUUCCGAAGAACAAUUCAAAAAAAUCUUCAUCCAACUUACUCCUGUAAAUACGAAGGAAAAUGUGUAAUAGACAAAGUCACAAGAAACCAAUGCCAGGAAUGUCGCUUCAAGAAAUGCAUCUAUGUUGGCAUGGCAACAGAUUUGGUGUUGGAUGACAGCAAACGAUUAGCAAAAAGAAAACUGAUUGAGGAAAAUCGGGAGAAAAGACGUCGAGAAGAAUUACAGAAAACAAUAGGAGUGAAACCUGAACCAACAGAUGAAGAAUGGGAGCUUAUUAAAAUCGUUACAGAAGCACAUGUGGCCACAAAUGCACAAGGAAGUCACUGGAAACAGAAAAGGAAAUUUUUGCCAGAGGAUAUUGGACAAGCACCAAUAGUAAAUGCCCCAGAAGGUGGGAAAGUAGAUUUAGAAGCUUUCAGCCAGUUUACAAAAAUUAUCACACCAGCAAUCACAAGAGUGGUGGAUUUUGCCAAAAAGUUGCCUAUGUUCUGUGAGCUGCCAUGUGAAGAUCAAAUUAUACUUCUGAAAGGUUGUUGCAUGGAGAUCAUGUCCCUCAGAGCAGCAGUGCGCUAUGACCCAGAAAGUGAGACCUUAACACUAAAUGGAGAAAUGGCAGUAACAAGAGGCCAGUUGAAAAAUGGGGGUCUUGGUGUAGUAUCAGAUGCCAUUUUUGACUUGGGUAUGUCGCUAUCAUCAUUUAACCUUGAUGACACAGAAGUUGCUCUUCUUCAGGCUGUGCUGCUGAUGUCUUCAGAUCGCCCAGGUCUUAUCAGCAUUGAAAGAAUAGAAAAGUGUCAAGAAAGUUUCCUCUUGGCGUUUGAACACUAUAUUAAUUACAGAAAGCACCAUAUUGCACACUUUUGGCCAAAACUGCUGAUGAAAGUGACAGAUCUACGAAUGAUCGGAGCCUGCCAUGCUAGCCGCUUCCUGCACAGGAAGGUGGAAUGCCCCACAGAACUCUUUCCUCCUUUGUUCUUGGAAGUGUUUGAGGAUUAAAAAGACUGGAAACAUUCUCAGAAAUUCUAUAGCACUACUGGGUGUCAUUUCAUUCCAUUGCCUAGUUUUUUCUUCUUAUUUUUGGUCCAUUCCCAUUUUGUACCACCUCCUUUGGAGGAUUAUUUUUAAUAGGCAUGAAUGAAUGAAGAUAUCCCUUCAAUGCGGGUACUUGUCACAAUUGCGUUUUUUGUGUGUCCUUUACUCCUUUCGAUGUGAAUCCUUUGAGAGUUUAACCUUGAGAAUUUUAAGUUUAUUCACCAGCACUCAGGCGACCCAUGUUUAUACUCAUUGUUUGGAGAGAUAUGGAUAAAAUAUAAAUAAAUUGAGGAAGCAAGAAAAUGGAUAGAUAAAUCCUGCCUUAUUUUAUACAGUAUUAACUCACUUUCUGGACAUGAGACUUAUGCUGAGCAAUUCAGAACAAUCUAGUAACUGUUAAUCUUGCUGAAGAUCAAAUGAGAUCAGUUGCAGUUAUAUACAACUUUAAAUAUAAUUCAGAUGUAUUGAGUUCUCUGCAGUGUGCUCCCAAAACCAGGUAUAGGAUUGCAACUUUAGCUAUGCCUAAUUUCACCUUGUCGUGCUUAAGAAUAGAUAGUUUUAUCCAAGUAAAACUCCCCCGUAAUCAUAAUUUUAUCAUCAUUUUCAGGUUGUUAUUUUAGAAACUCAAUUGCAGGUAAUCCUCUUUUAAUGGCUGCCAUGUUUAGCAACUGUUCAAUUACAGUGACAUUGAAAAAGUAAUUUUAUGAUUGGUCCUUGUACUUAUGACCAUUGCAGCAUCCCCAUGUCAUUGACAUUUGAAUGCUUUACACAGCGUUCCACAGUCACAUGAUUGCCAUUUGUGCACUUCACAGCCAGCUUCCAUCAUGCAGAGUUAAUAAAAAAAGCCAGCAGUAAAAUCACAUUGCGGUCACGUGAUAUCUCGCUUUAAUGACCAUGAGUGAUUUCUUAGCAGUGGGAGUGACACCUUAAAUCCACUACAGUCAUAUGACGCUUCACUUAAUCAACCUGCCGAUCUGAAUUGUGGUUGUUUAGUGAGGACCACCGUUGCAAAAAAAAACCCAAAAUGCAGUCAGAGUCCUUUUUUUCUUCCAGGUGAACACAGUUUAUCAUUUCCUCAUUUAUUCAAUCCCAAAGCAAAAACAAUACAGGAAGGGAAUAAGUACAUUUAAAAUUUCCACAGAGCCAAGGCCCUUGAUCUCUUUGCUUCUUAAUGGUAAUUUGGAUACAUUAGAGCAGGGGUGUCAUAUUCGCAACGUCACAUAAUGUCGCAACAUAUCACGACUUUUUUCCAUCACCGGCAAUGGGAUGGACAUGGUUUUGCUAUGAUGCAUCUGGCCCGCGGGCCGCAGUUUAAUGCCCCUGCAUUAGAGUAAUAGUUAACUAUAUUUCUUCCACUUGCCAAAAAUUAUUUUAAUAAGUAACUGAGUCAGUAGGAAGAUAUACUACUACUAUUCUCAGUAAUUCUGGACCCUUGGCACUUAUAUGUUUUAAAUAUUGACAUGAUAAUGAUUUAAGGGGUUCCCUGGUUCCUCCAUUUUGUCUUUUCUAGCACAUGCAAUUCCUAAACCAUAAAACAUCUGUGCAAUGAAUUCUUCCCAAUUUAAUAUGAUACAUCAGAAAGGUUUUCUCUGUCCUCUUCCCCCCCCCAACUCAACAAAAAUUAAUUCCAGUUAUCUGUAAUAAACCUUUUCACUCCCUUCUGUAUAGUCAUAUAUCCGUUUUCUACCUAUAUACCGACACCUUUUCAGUGACUGUAAAGUACCCUGAAUCCUAGGAUUUGUGAAUCACAUUUUAUACAACCAAGAGAUACAGGCCUUUAAUUUUUUGUGAACAAAAACAUGACAUGGAAAUCCGUUUCAAGAAAAAAGAUUUGACAGAAUGUAAAUUGUUAGAUACACUCAAGCUGUUGGAUCUAUUCCAAAUGAAUAGCUGAAAUUCUAGAUUCCAAAUCAUUUUGUCCUCUUUAGUAAUAUUUGCACUCAGGUAGACUGUCAGUGUGGACAACAUUUGAAUUAUAAGAUUCUUUUCAGCCAUGCUUAAUUCCAUUGACAACAGAAGUUUUUUUCAAUGUAUAUGCACCCAAUAGCCACCCAUUCAUGAUCAGAGCUCAGUGCAGAAUUAGGUGUACUGUAUUUAAGUUAUUUUCAAUGACUUAAAUACACUUGAUUUAAGUUUACAAAUGGUAGUUCUUGUCAGUAAAUGUGAAACCAUGCAGUAAAACUUUCAGUCUAUAUGAAUUGGAGAGAAGAAACGCUUCUUAAUGGCAGGCUAACUUCAGUGUUUUAGUUUUUACAAAACAAAAGUUCACAUUCCAGCUUGCUUUCUGUAAAACAUUUUUGGUUCUCUGGCAACCUAAAUCAAGAUGUCAGUGAGUUUUCCUUAUCAAGGAUUGUUUUUUCUCCUGGAUGAUAUCUUCUAUGGUAGGGGUCCCCAAUCUGUGGCCGCUGUCCAGUACCAGACUAUGGCCUAUUUGCAACUGGAUUGUGUGAGAGGCAGACUGGCAUGUGUGUGCAGCUCAACUCACAUGAGUAGUGGGCGCCAGCACUUAUAAUCCCGCUCUCAUGAGUGGCGGGCACCAGCAUUUGCAGCUCUACAUGCAUGAGCAUGCUGCUCACACAAAUGGAUCUGUGUAUGUAUACGUGUGCACAUCUGCCCCAUUCCCUCUUCCCCUUUCUCCCCACACAAGGCCGUCAACCUGUAAAGGUUGGGGAAUGCUGUUCUAUGGGGCUUCAUGGGCAAGGGAUGAAUCAUCUUCCUUUGAUAAACUAGGCAUGCUUACAGAAUAGUCAUAUAAGGAUAUUGUCAUUGGAGAAAUAUUUAUAGACUAUGCAGUUUCUUAUCUUGUACAAAUUUUUGAUAACAUAAACAUUUACAUAUUUUCAGAGUUGACUAUUAGCUUGAGAGCUCUAAAAAUGAUUGUCCAAAAACAUAGUUGAAUCAACUUGAUAUUUUUUCCAAAAUGAUCACAUUUACAUUUGUCUAGCCAACAUAUGUGAAGAAUUUUGGUGGCAAUCAGCCUAUUUGGUAAGAAAAAAAUGAAAAUGUACCAUGUUGUAUGUUUUUUUUUUCUCUUCAAUUCUACCUUUUCAGAACUCGGAGGUGUCCAUUAGACCAGAUGUUUUCAUCAAAAUAAUGAUAGCAUUGCACUAUUGCAUUGCAAACUUUAGUUUUUUUUAUAUAUGUGUGCAGUGUCAUGACAUGUCAACAUGCCAGAGGAUCACCUAGUGGCAGUAGAGAGACCAUAGAGAGGGGAUUUAUCUUAUUUUCCUAUGCCAUUUUUACUUUUAAAUCUCCAUCUCUUUUUUACUUUGCUGCAAAAAAUGCAUGAUUUGAAUAUCUGUUAUUAACUUUAUAAGUAAAAUUAUAUUCUAGCUGGUUUACAUCACAACACAAAUAGUUAUUAUUUUUAAAAUCUUUCUAGUAUUGCUAUUCAUCUUCUCUGUCCCAAAUAUAAAUAUCUAUAUUAAUGUUUAGUUCCAUGUAAACCUGUUGAAGAUCAUAACCUAACAGAAAAGGGGCAUCCAGUAAUGACUAGAGUACCUCACUUAAUCUUUGGCCUUAAGUACCCGUGGAAAUGUUGAGAUUUUCUUCAAAGUAAAGUAAUAAAUAGAAUCUAGGAUUAUUUUUCAGAAGAAGUCCAAAGUUUUGUUUUGUUGAAGGAGACAAGGAAUGAAUCUUGGAUCCAACAUGAUACUCCACAGCUUUUCAAUAAUUUAUUACUAUAAGAAGAGAAUAUCUACUCCCAUCCAUUUAUCUUGAUUAGUAAGAAAUCUCCCUAUUACUGUGGAACAGUUUCAACUCUAGAGAACUAUAAGAUGUUAUGUAUAAAACAUAUAACAAACUAAUGAAUGCUAUGUUUUGAUUUGCACUAGCUCUUUAUGAUGUGGUAUUCUAAAGCUUAGCCCACAUUUAAACAAAAAUGCAUGAAAUUGGUUCAUAUUUGAUUUUCAGUGUGCUUUAUGCUAUUUAGACAACAAUUCAUCAGAACUCAAGAGCCAUAUUUUGAUUUGUAGAAGAUUAAUCUCUCAUUAUUGGUUAUCCCAACCCGAGGAUUCCAAUUGCUCUUCUUUUUUCAUGUGUAAGUGUGCUCAUGUUACAAUGGUUUCCAAUUUUAGUCACACCAGAGAAACAUAUUAUUUUAAAUUAUUAAAAUCUGAUACCUCGGAUUUCUUUUCGACAAAUAAAUCCUGCAAGCACUGGUAUAAUAGUUUAAGAAACAUCUGGCAGCAUCUUCAGCUAUAGCUUUCAUAAUGAUUACUAGGAGAGGUAAAUUGUACACCCAUUUAUUCUUUGUGGGGAGGUCUUUUGACUGACUACAAAAUAUCUGUUUUUGACUAUGCAGCUUUAAUUCUGAUUGUUUAUGAUGUCCCAUGAUGUUCAGGUUUGUUUUUUGCUGUAGGUAUAGUAUCAAGUGGAGCAUCGUAUAAAAUAUUAUUUCUCUUUUUAAAAAUAAUUGUUAUUUUAAUGUGUCCUGCUCUAAAUGAUAAUUAUUUAAGCUGCUGUGGGUUUGGUGUUGAGUUCCAUAAUGUUUUUAAAUUGGGAGAGAAGAUAGUGAUGGACUCUACAGUGACUUAGCCAUUUUAAAAACAAUAGUACUGUGCCAAAAUAUAGGUGUCAGAAUCAGAUAUUGAACAUUUGUGAUUUAUCUUUGUGUUAAUGUACUGCAGUAGAAUUAAAAAGGCAAUGCAAAGUCAAAAAAAAAUGGUUGGAAGGAAAUCAGCUCUAUAGACCACAAGAUGAGCACAUUGUUGUUAAUGAUGUAUUCUAUGCUAUGUAAUCUUAAAAUGUAGAUAUCAUAUUGAUAUGCCACAUAAAUUGUCAAUAACAUCAUUCUUAAGGUUUUUAAAUCUUAAAGCUUUUCAAAUGGAGCCAAUAUUUUUUGUAGGAUUAGGUCUUUAUAACCUCUAUCCUCUGCUGAAAAUUAGACUCAAAACCUGUGAGACUCAUUCAAUUCUUGCUUUAUUAGAAAACAAGUGCAGUCCAUAGGAUUUUUAAAAAAAGAUGAAUAAAAUGGGCAAUUCGCUAUCAGCCAUUUGUACCAGAACAAGUUUCUGCCUCAUUUUGAUAGUUAUGAAAAAUGUUGAAAAAGUUGGGCACUCAUUCAUGAUCUACUAAGAAAUAUUUCUUUGCUUGCCUUUUUUCAGCUUUGAAAUAGCAGGAGAUAUUUUGCUAUGUUCUCUUGUAAUUUCUGCUAGUUUGAUUUAUCAGAAAUUUCCUUGUGAUAUUAGGAUGAUAUGACCUAUAUAAACUUUUAUAGAAACUUAAUAUCCUAAGUAGGAGGGAUUUAUUUUCCUCAAAAAUAAAUAAAUAAAAAAAUAAAGAUAACUAAUUUAAAAUAAAAUAGGAUUUCUUUUUAAAAACACAGAAACAUAAAUACAGAUUACUAUAAUUCUAAAAAAAACUUUGGCCUUUCUCACUAAGUUUUCACUGUGUUGUAUAAGUGCUAUCAAAUGCAGAGUCUGCCUUGCUUCUGUAUAUUAAUCCUCAUUCAACUAUGUUGCCUUCAGAAGCAGUAUUGUGCAGGUAAAAAGCUAUUUGUGACUGUUUUGCACAGUUUAACUUUAUAAAGCUAAUUGUUAUUUAUGCACAAGACAAUCAAAUGUAAAUCUACAUACAUGUAGAUGGAAUUGAUGUAAAUUAUUGAGCACAAUUGAAAAUAUUAAUUUUGCAACUGAAAUUAUGAAAGUGAGAAAUAAGAUCAUACUAUGGAUUGAUAAGACAACUUUUAAUUCUUUAAACUAUUCUUUUCUUAUGUCAAUUAUUUUAGAAUUCCAUAAAAUGACAUUUUGUUUCUUUUCAUUUUAUUAAGAUAGAUGCUGCUGAGCUUUGGAUUAGCUUUGUUAUGGUUUGGAUUUCUUCAGACUAAGUUUGGAAGUACACAGAUUUAUUAGAAAGGCUAAGAUUUUGGGAUUAAAAUUUAAAUGUUUUGUUUGUUUUGUUCUGUUUUUUUCCCCUUUCAAACAGUGUUAAAUAUAUGCUAGAUGAGUAAUAUUUUUUCAGUCUAAAAACUAUAUUAAAUAUGUGAUCAUAAAUGUUUUAAACUACCUGAAGAGAAAUUUGUAUAUUUGGGAAAAAUAUAAUUUUACAUAGCUUUUGUAUGCAGAUAUUAAUAUGCAAUUAUGACUAUAGUGAGCAUAGAUUAUUAUGUAAGCUUGAAUUCUAAAAAGAAACAUCUUACAAUUUA